AUGUCUAAAUCAUCAUAAAUUCCUCCAGAAGUAAAAGCAUAUAUUGAUCAAUACAAAAUGGAGGAUGUUAUUAAAGAUGCAGUGAAUACAAUCCUUUCUUAAAAGCCAGCUGAUCCAUAUACAACAUUUUCACAAUAUUUUGGAAAAGUAACUGAUUAUAAUAAACACAGUUAUCAACCCCUGUUAUUGAAUUAGAAGAUAUUUCAGGUUUAGAAAUGUUAAAUAAUGAGCUUAAGACAAGCAUUCAAUUGAUUUUCACUGUCUAAUUCAAGAAUCAAAAAUUAUAAUAUAAAUCUCCAUUAUAGUUUUCAUAAUCUUAUCCAGAAUAAGAAAUAUUUUAGUAAUAUAUAGUGUUAAUUUAAGUGAUGAUGAAUAAAAAAAUAUGAAAUAAGCAAUCUAAGAGAUAGAAAAGGUUUCUCAUUAAUUAAAAGGAAUGAAAUCAAAGGAAUAAAAGGAAGUUGAUGAGAUAUUAAUUAAAUAUCUUAGUGAACAUCCAGUAUAAAAUCUAAUCUAUUGUAGAAUCGUAUUAACGUUAUUCAAUAAAUUUCAUUUAGUUUACUUCCCUUACAUGCUCACUUUAUGAAUUAAAGAUUAUCCUAAUUGCUUCGUUAGUAAUUUAAUACUUAAGAAAUUAAAACUCCUAAGCUCUUUGUGAAUUUGCUUUAGGGUAGCAAAGUAGUUGCUUCUAAGUGCAAAAUCUAUAAGUUUUUAUUAAUAUGUGAAGGAGAAGGGGCACUGUAAAAAAUUUAGAAUGUUGUUAAUAAUGUCAAAAAAACUAUUAUUUCAGGCAAGAAAGGAGAAGCAGGUCUUCAAUUCUAUUAAGAUGGUACUUUUAUAUGUCCCGGAGAUACCAUUCCAGAUAAUUUAAAGAUAAUUGAAUAAGCAAUAGAGGCAGCUUAAUUGAAGGAUCAGGUUUAACUAGGUUUAGUUUGGUUGGCCGAAUUAUUUUAUGUUCCUGAAGAAAAGAAAUAUGACUUAGAUAAUCCAAAGAAAUUAUUAGAUGCAGAUUAAUUAAUAGAUUAUUAUUUCAAAUUGUGUUAAGAAAAACCAAUUAUAGUAUAUUUAGAAGAUCCUAUUCACCACACUGAUAUUGUCGGAUGGACAAAAAUUACUAAUAAAUUUAAAGAUACUAAAGUUAAAUUAGGGAGUAGGAGAUUAUAUUCAAAUUUCGAUAAAGCAAAGAAGCAUUGCGAAAUAUUGAGUCAAUAAACCAAUCCAGAAUUAAGUGAAUAAUAGAUAACCCAGAUGAAUAAUGAAAGAAUACAUCUUGAUUAUAUGUAUAAACCUCUCUAUGAAUACAGUACAUUUACAGAAUUAUAUAAUCAUUUAAGCUAUUUAAUUUCCAAAGUAACUUUAUUUAUAAUAUUAGAAAUCUUCCUUGCAAAUAAUUAUUGGGGAUUCUCUAGUUGAUACUGAAGACUCAUAUUUCGUUGAUGUUGCUGUAAAUAUUUGUAAUAAAUUAGUUUUCACUUCCAAAUUCUAAUAUUAAUAUUGGACCUCCCCUUAAAUAUGAAAAAAUUAUUAAAUACAAUAAGUUUCUUAAAUUAUGCCAUGAAAGUGAUUGA